UUUAUGUACAUACAGAAUAUUCUCAUAAAUGUACUGACGGUGCACUGUCAUUAUGUCAAUUUCCUUAAAUUUAUCUAUUAGUGAGUCUAUAUGGUUCAUUUUAUAUAUUGCUCGUAUAUCCCUCUUCUGCAGAACAAAAAUGGUAUUCAUCUCUGAAGCACCACCCCACAGUAAAAUACCAUAUGACAUAAUGCUAUGGAAUUAACUAAAAUAUACUAAUCGAGCUGUUUUGACAUCAGUUAACGGACGGAUUUUGUUAAAAAACAAGAAAUGCAUUAAUAGUAUGUCCAAAUUUUAUAUAGUAGAUAAUUGUUUAUCUUACCUUCGUAAGAUAGAGGGUUGUAAAUGAUCAUAAAAGGUAGUAAACAUGUCAGUAUACCAAGAAAUAUCUAAUCAAUUUAAUAGUAGUCCAAUAUAAGAUGUGAAGUGAAAUGGUUGCACCUGUUAAAAAUAGAUUGGAUUUACGUUUUAAGUUAAUUUAUAAAGUUUUGUGAGUUGUGUUGUGUGUGAUGCCUUUCAGUUUAAAGAGCGCUCGAUUACUGUAAAUUAAGUCAGAAAAAAUGACAAAGAUAUGGUUUUCACCAUUUCAAAGACAAUGCUUCGUGACGUCAGGAGUAUGUCUGAACAUGGCUGGUCAUGGACUGACGGUUGGCUUCACGGCUGUCCUACUGCCGCAGCUGCAACGACCUGGCUCUUCUAUAGUUGUGGAUGACGUCAGCGGCUCUUGGAUAGCUUCAAUUCUUGGCUUCGCCCUCGUGACUGGAAACUUCAUCGUGCCCACGAUCAUGGCCAAAAGUGGUCGCAAGACCGCCAAUCUGGUUAGCAUCCUGCCCAUGCUGAUCGGCUGGUUCAGCAUCCUUCUGGCCACUAGCGUGCCUAGCCUUCUCCUCGCCAGGUUCCUCCAGGGGGUCUCGAUGGGAAUGAUCGCCACGCUAGGACCAGUGCUUAUAGGAGAGUACACAAGCCCAAAGAACAGAGGCGCUUUCCUUAUGACCCUCUCUCUAGCCAUCGCAAUUGGAGUCCUAACUGUUCACUCAAUUGGGUCUUAUUUCGGUUGGCAAACAGCAGCACUCUUGUGCGCUUUUAUAUCUUUCAUAAAUUUGCUCAUUGUGAUUAAUUCACCCGAAUCGCCGAGCUGGUUAGCUGAUCAAGGACGAUACGAAGAAUGUAAACAAGUCUUUAGAUGGCUUAGAGGUGACGAAGAAGAGGAAGAGUUACAUGCAAUGAUGGAAACAAGUGCUAUUAUCAAGGAAUCUAAAGACGAUGCUGGUGUAAAAGAUUCAUUGCUAUGGAAGUUGAAAAGCGGUUUAUUGUAUUUGAACGAGACGGUGCGAAAAAGACAAUUCUAUAAACCAAUAUUUAUAAUGAUGCACCUUUAUACAUUAGGACAAUGGGGUGGUGCGAAUAUUAUGUCAGCUUACACCACCAAGAUAUUAGAAAAUGUCGUCGGACCUAAUGCAAUGUUCGGUCUGAUAAUUAUUAGUCUUGGCACACAGAGGAUCAUAACAAACUCUAGUGCUAUAUACGUCAUCAAGAAGAUCAAAAGACGGACUAUAUUGUUAAGCACAACGUUAAUCAACAUUUUUGCUUUCCUCGCUAUAGCUGCGUAUACUUACGCCAAAACACAUGGUAAUCUUCCAUUUGACCAUCCACUUAUAGGCAUAUUUCUAGCUCAUAUCCAUAUGUUUUCUAUUGCUACAGGAACAGUGCCACUACCUCUCAUAAUAGCUGGAGAGUUAUUUCCAUUAGAAUACAGAAGUUUAGCUGGCGGUAUAAGCGUACUUUUCGUUUCUGUGAAUCUUUUUCUGACGGUGAAGACACUGCCAUAUCUUUUUACGACGAUAGGCCUGCCUGGGGCGUACUGCAUGUAUGCUGGGAUAGUCGGGUAUUGCCUGGUCGUGUGUUGGAUGGUGUUACCUGAGACCAAGGAUAGAACUCUUCAGGACAUUGAGGAGGAGUUUAUGGGACGUCCGUUGUCGCCACAAGAGUUAAUGUCGACGUUAUCGCUGACGUCUUUAAAAUUGCAUAAUGCAGACCGGCGGUGCAGUGCUCCUAUGAUUUAGGUUCUCAUUGUUAUCAAUAGCCAUCGAGUCUAUUACUGACUAAGCAAACAGUGUCAGGUAGGGGGACAAUUCUGUGUAAGCCAAUGCGAGAGUAAGAGAGAGAACUCUUAAAUAUAAAGUAUUUUUAUAGGAGAAUCUAAUUUUAUUUCUUUAGAAUUUAUGGUCAAUUGCAGUUUGGGUUUUGACAGUUAAGAUUUAAUAUUUAUAGCAGUUAAGUUAGUAAAUAAGACAGAACAAAAUGUACAGAGUAGAAAUUGUGUUGUGUUGUUGUCCUGGCAGACUGUUUAACCAUACCGACUGCGAUCGAUUCUUGAACUUGACUUCUAAGAUUGUAAAUAUACUGAAGAUCAAUUAGGUAUCUAAACAUAUUGAUCCAUUAGGAAAAUGAGAUGCGAUUGACGAUGCAUAUAAGUUUUGUAAAUUGUACCAUGAUAAAACCUCCUGACAAUAUUAUUACAGUCCAGAAAAAUAGCUAUUGUGCAUAAAUAUUAUUUUUCUUUGUAAUAAUGCAUUUCUAUCAAACUUGAUGUUUUUGUAGUACGAGUUUUAUUUAAACUUAAGUUACUUUAGUUGUACCUUAUUGGUUGCACCUUCUAGAAAUAGUACGAAAUAAGGGACUUUAUUCCAGACUAGCUGUGCCCGCGGCUCCGCGCGCGUGGUAUUCGGUCUGUGUCAGUAACCGGCUCAUUCACCGCUAAUUUCUCUGCCUCUCCCCUGGAGGUGAAACUUGAAAUAAAGUUGCCAGGUGGAUACGCUAGAGGACUGUAGUCUAGAUAAAAUAUUUUACAAUAAGGUACCACUUAAUAAAA